GAAGACUAACUCAUUGAGAGAGAGAGAGAGAGAGAGAGAGAGAGAGAGAGAGAGAGAGAGAGAAUGGAAUGGAGGAAGUGCUACUUGGAUUUGGUGCUGGUGCCAUUUGGGUUAUUUCUCAAUGUUUCAUACCACUGCUGGCUGUGGCGCAUGGUUAGAAACAAGCCCAUGAACACAUUGAUAGGCGUCAAUUCAGCUGCUAGACGAUUGUGGGUGAUGGCGAUUAUGAAGGACGGUGACAAGAAGAACAUCAUCGCCGUACAAACGUUCCGAAACACGAUGAUGGCGUCGAUCUUGAUGGCAACGACAACGAUCCUCAUAUGCACUGGCCUAGGUGCAGUUAUAAGUAGCACUUACAGCAUAAAGAAGCCACUCAACGACUCUAUCUACGGCGCUCAUGGCGAGUUUGUGAUGGCAUUGAAAUACGCUUCUCUCCUUCUCAUCUUCCUAUUCGCAUUCCUCUUCAACAGCCUCUCUUUACGGUUUGUAAACCAGGCGAACUACCUGAUCAACACCCCACUGGACCCCACUUUGAUCGUGACCGUAGAUUACGUAUGUGACCUACUAGAAAAAGGGUUCAUACUCAACACUGUGGGGAACAGGUUGGUCUACGUAGGACUACCACUCCUACUUUGGAUUUUUGGGCCAGUGCUUGUUUUCAUGUGUUCGGUCUUUAUGAUUCCAAUCUUCUACCAUCUUGAUGUUUUUUAUGGGAAGAUGGAGCCUGGGGAUGAGGGAUUGGAGGGAUUGGAGGAAGGUGGGAUGCGUUUGUGAGAGAUCUAGACCGUUCAUCAGGAAGUCCAUGUCGUGGAUGAGCCUUGGUCUGAAAAUCAAGGGAUGUCCCUACCUGUUGGGUUGGGAGGAAUGCUUGUAGUUCGUCUCCUAUGUGGGGCCAUCUUGAUGUGCUGGCAGAAUGAUCUUUGGGCUAGGGAAACAUUCAUGAUGGACCCAUCUGAUGAACGGACUGGAUCUCGCACAGGUGUGCCACUUUGGGCAAGUAUAUAUAUAUAUAGGGGUUCCAUGUUUGGUGUAUCUCGGUGCACCGUUGGAAUUAGCAAUAAUUGGGUAGUUGGAUUAGGAACUUUUUUUUUCUUUUUUUUUAAUGGUGUAGAUUGCCUGUGAUACGUCAAUCGAAGUUGACGUUUUAGAUGGGUCCAUCAGAACCCACAGGCUAAUAAAAAUGCUUGGAGAGAGAAUCUCUCUUUCUCUCUCAUAUGGGUUGUGUAUUCCUUGUGGACGACUAUAUAUAUGAUGUUUUAGCAGGAUAUUUUAGUGCAUGUGAAUACUAAAAAUAAUUAAAAUGUUUACCAA